UUGUUUUCUCAUUGAAUACGACAGUCUGAUCGAUUGUGUCUCUCGUGUUAUUUAUCUCCCUCAGAGGUUGUUUUAUGUUUUUUCACAGUCAUGCUGUCGAUCAGGAUCGCUUUACUGCUGAAUCUCUUCAUAGAGACGUCUGUGUCCUUCUCUGUAGAGGUUCCUGGUGAUCCUAUAGAGGCUCGUAUCGGAUCCACAGUGAUUCUGCCCUGCUGGAUCUCUCCUCCGGAGAACGCUGAAGCUCUGGAGAUACGCUGGUACCGUCAUGAUCAGUUCAACAACCCCAUCGUCUUCUAUCGUGACGGGAAGAUCCAGGACAUCCAGGAGUGUUUCAAGAACCGAAGCUCUUUGUCUCCACGCUCAGAUCAGUCUGGUGGACUGAAGGAUGGAGACGUCUCUCUACGGCUGGAGAAACUCACAUUUCAGGAUGAAGGUUCAUUUCACUGUUAUGUGAGUGGAGACAGUUCAUACGGCAGCAAAGUCGUAGACCUCAAAAUCACCGAAUGGAGUUCGUUCUCCGAUCUACCUGAUUGGUCCGGUCCAUGGAAGGCUCUUUUCUUCUCGCUCCUCAUCUUUGCUCUUCUGGCUUUGGUUGGGUUGAUCCUCUAUAAAUACAGAGACAAACUAAAAGGAACGAAACCAGCUAAAGAAAAAGACAUAAAUAUAGAAGGACUGAGGAAACAUGCAGUUGAGGUCACUAUUGACCCUGAAUGUUCACAUCCAGAGCUGAAGCUUUCUCAGGACUGUAAAAUGGUGAGGAACGGUCCAGAAUAUAGUCCAAGUGGAGAUGGAUUUCCAUAUGAAUUAUGUGCAUUUGGAGCUCAAAGAUUCACUUCUGGUCUUCACUAUUGGGAGGUAGAACUAGCACAAGGACUUACACCUCCUAAAAACUACUGGUUAAUUGGUGUGGCGAAAGAUGGAAGCUUUGCGUCAAGAGACAGAUCUGCUUUAACUCCAUCAGCCGGUUUCUGGUUCUUGUGUUCAGAUGGUCCUAAUGGCUUUUACACCAACACUGAUCCACCAGUUAAACUCUCACUGACACUGAGACCUGAACGACUGGGAGUUCUGUUAGAUUAUGAUGAAGGUCAGCUGUCAUUUUACAACGUGACAGAGAGUAAACAUCUCCUGACCAUCAGCAGCAUAUUCUCUGGACCAGUCGUUCCUCUCUUUAAUCCUGGAGUUGGAGAUCAGGGAGUGCUUGAAAUUCUGGAUUGCCCCAUAUUUAUAGAGUCAAGUCAGCUUUUACAGAGUAUGCACAGCUAAGACUGACCUGACAGACCACUGUUGUUCUGUACUGUACGUGAAGAAGGUCAAAAACACUAAUCUUCAUCCAAUGUUAAGAUCAGGUGUUAGAUUACCAGGCUACUUGCAUGAAGAUGAUGUAAGUUUCAUGUAUUUGGUGUUAGGGUCAAACACAUCUGACAAAUCUCGGGUUAGGGUUAACUACAAAUAUAUUUAUGCGUCAUUCUUAUGUACUAAACUACGUAUGUGUUACAUGCAUGUGGAAAAAUCAGGAACAGUCUUGCUUAUCCAACACUGUGCUCUUUCCUUUUUCACAAAAACAGUGGAAUUAUUUAAUGGAAUGAGAGCAAUGGACAUGUUCUAUCUACAGAGAUGAUGAAGUGAAUGGAUUUAGAGUCUCUGACAAACAAUAAAUGGUCUUUCUCAAGCACUGAACUCUUUUCCAUAAUGGAGACUGGGACUAUUUUAAUGUCCUCGUCUCUUUUCUUGCUUAGAUCCCAUCUUGUGAGGACU